CAGGGGGGAGCGCUGCGGAGGGUCCGGGAGCCGCGCGGAUGUGACGCGAGUGCGUGGAUGAGAGUGCAAUGGCGCCGCUGGUGGCGCUCCUGCUGGGACUGGCGGCGGCGACGGCUGCCGAGUCCGAGUGCAGCUGGGAGAGCAGUGUGGACGGCGGACAGAUCCGUGUUCUCUGCCGACCGAGGACGAUUGACGCCGCCUUCACUGUCGGUGGGCAGAGUGCGACACUCCCCGAGUCCAGUGUCACCUCGCUGGUGACCCGGUGUCGCAGUGCGGACGUCGAGAGCUACCUGAGCAACGGCACGUUCUCUGGUCUGACUGGCCUGGCGGAGCUGACGGUGGAACGGUGCAGGAUCGCCACGCUGCCCGCGGUGCUGGACCAGCUGAGGCAGCUGCGCUCCCUCAGCCUGAGAACGUUCAACGACGACGUGCACAUGGUGGUGGAGAGUGGUGCCCUGGGUGAGCUGCAGGCGCUCCAGUACCUGGACCUCAGCCACAACAGGCUGUGGGCACUGCCCGGCGCGCUGCUGUGUCCUCUGCAGAACCUGCGGAGCCUUAACCUGUCGCACAACAACAUCCAGGACGCCGAGGGUCUGGGCCUGCACGGUGCCGGUGACCCGAUCUCGCUGUCACGCCCGGUCGAAUGUCGCCUGCCGGAGGUGACCUCACUUGACCUGGGUCACAAUCGUGUGCCGACUGUGGGUGCCGCCGUGCUGGAGCCGUUCCCGGCGCUGCUGCGGCUGUCGCUACGCCAAAGCCGUGUGGAGCUGCUGGAGGACGGAGCGCUGGACAGCGUGCCCUCUCUCGGCCAGCUGGACCUGUCCGGCAACGAGCUGGUCAGCCUGCCGCACGACCUGUUCCUGAGGACGACCACCCUCUCCAAGAUCCGACUAGCCAACAACAGCCUGUCGGCACUGACGCCCGGCCUGUUCUCCGGCCUCAGCCAGCUGCAGCUGCUGGACCUCUCCGGAAACCAGCUCACCUCCACGUGGAUCAACUCUCAGACCUUUUCCGGGCUGGUGCGGCUCGUCGUGCUGGAUGUGUCGGCCAACAGGCUGAACCAGAUCGACCAGUCCAUGUUCUCAGACCUCUACAGCCUGCAGAUGCUGAAGCUCCAGGACAACCAAAUUGAUGCCAUAUCGCCCAACACAUUUGCCACCCUCUCCAACCUCCAUACUCUGAUGCUGUCUCACAAUAACUUGCACAGAAUUGGUGCCCUGAGCUUCAAUGGUCUGCACGUUCUGAGUUCGCUCUCAUUAGACGGUAACAACAUUGCUUUUAUCCAGUUAGGAUCGUUCAAGAACGCCAGUGGCCUGAGGGAUCUGAAGCUAAAUGGAAAUCGUCUCACUCGCGUUCCCGAAGCAUUCCAAGACCUUCACCUUCUAGAAACACUGGACGUGGGAGGCAAUGGUAUAUCGAUUAUGAAAGGUGCACACUUUGCUGGGAUGAAUCGGCUGCGCAGUCUUCACAUGCAGGGAAACAUGCUCACCAACGUAACGAGCGAAAUGUUGAGCAGCCUUCCGCAGCUGAAAGUCCUCAACCUAGCCAACAACCUGAUCAGCGCAGUGCAGUUUGGAGCGUUUGAAUCAAGCGCAGCCCUCGAAGCCAUUCGGCUGGAUGGGAACCAGCUGACGGACAUCAGCGGCCUUUUCCGUGGUCUGUCACGUCUGCGUUGGCUGAACAUGAGCGACAAUCAAAUCGACACGUUCGACUACGGCAUGCUUCCAAAUGGCAUUCAAUGGCUGGAUCUGCAUCAGAACAAGAUUCGGCAGCUAGGAAACUAUGACGACGUUGCAAGUCAGAUGUCCAUCACGACCCUGGACGCCAGUUUCAACAGGCUGACGUCACUGAGCGGCAAGAGCCUGCCGAACAGUGUCGAGCUGCUGGUGCUCAACGAUAAUCUGAUCACGCACGUGGAGCAGUACACAUUCUUUCUCAUGACUAACCUGUCACGAGUCGACCUGUUUGCCAACCAAAUCACGAAGCUGGAGCUGAAUGCUCUGAGGCUGAACAUGCUGAACGGCACGAAGGCCGUGACCGAGUUUUAUAUUGGCGGGAAUCCGUUCAUCUGCGACUGCGCCAUGGAAUGGCUGCAGAGGUACAACCAAAUUAACAUAAUGCAGCACUAUCCCCAUAUCAUGGACCUCGAAAGCAUUUACUGCAGGCUGACUUACAACAGAGAACGUGCCUUCGUUCCAUUGGUGGACGCCGAUACAUCUAUGUACCUCUGUCCCUAUCAAACGCAUUGCUUCACAACCUGUCACUGCUGUGAGUUUGAUGCCUGCGACUGUGAGAUGACGUGUCCAAACAAGUGUGACUGUUACCACGACCAAUCGUGGUCCUCAAACAUCAUCGACUGCACGAAUAACGGGUUUGAAGAGAUUCCAGACCGCCUGCCAAUGGAUGCUACGGAAGUGUAUUUGGACGGGAACGUUUUCCGCAAUCUCUCCAGCUUGACGUUUCUGGGCCGCAAGAACAUGCGGGUGCUCUACCUGAACGGUUCCCAGAUAGAGGCUCUUCACACCGAGACUUUUGCUGGGCUCCCGAGCCUUACCGUCCUUCACCUGGAGUCCAACAUCAUCACUGAACUCCACGGCCAGGAGUUCGUCGGUCUGAACCACCUCCGAGAGCUUCACCUGCAGGACAACCGGCUUCGUCGGGUGGCGCGCAACACGUUCGCACCGCUACACCAGUUGGAGAUGUUGCGUCUGGACGGCAAUCAGCUGGCCACGUUCUCUGCAUGGGAGCUGCAGCGGAACCCCUACCUGGUUGAGAUUGGACUUGCCGGCAACCCCUGGAACUGCGAAUGUGACUUUCUCACUCCUUUUCGAAGUUGGCUGACUGCCAACGUGCGAAAGGUGAGCGACGCCAGUUCGAUGGUCUGCCACUUUGACGCCAGUGAUGACGGCGAGGUGACGAUUCACGGCUCCAACGAGUCCUGUAUCGCGCUUCACUCCAAGAGCAUGGCCCGGGCCGCAGCGCUGAGCUACGUGCCUCUGCUGAUCAGUUCGUUGGUAGUCAUCGUCCUGUUCAUCUGCCUGCUGAUCAUCAUCUGGGUGUACAGGACCGAGCUGCGCGUAUGGAUUCACUCGCGCUGUGGCGUGCGCGUCUGCUACCGCUCGGCGCUGGACGAGCCGCACGAGCGGCUGUUCGACGCCUUCGUCAGCUACAGCGACCGGGACCGGUCGUUCGUGCACCACGUGCUGGUGCCCAAGCUGGAGCGCGGCGAGCCGCCGUACCGGCUGGCGCUGCACGACCGCGACUUCCCGCACAGCGCCUACCUAGCCGACACGAUCGUCGAGGCGGUCGAGUCGAGUCGCCGGACAAUCAUGGUGCUCUCGAAAAACUUCGUGGAGAACGAGUGGUGCCGCUUCCAGUUCAAGUCGGCGCACCACGAGGUGCUCAAGGACCGCCAGAAGCGGUUGAUAGUGGUGAUGCUAGGAGACGUGACGCACCGGGAGCUGGACCCCGACUUGCGUCUGUACAUAAAAACAAACACGUGCAUCAGUUGGGAGGACAAAAUGUUCUGGGAAAAGCUCCGCUUCGCGAUGCCAGACGUGAAGAACAACCUUCGAGUGCUGAACUCGGUCUCUCACUACUCGGAGAUCGACGAGAGCAAAUACUACCGGCGGAGGCCGGACACAAUGGAAACCCUCUGGGGUUGAGGUUGCGGCCCAGCUGCUGUCAGUGGAGAAGAAGGCUGUGAUAAGUCAGCGAGGUCCUGGCCAGGCCGUCUCUGCACCGGCCGGCCAGGUGUCUGCCAGCGUCGUCUGCCAGCCUACUGACGCUGCGAGCUGGAGACGGCUGUCAAUGAGAGCUCGCCGCCCUCCGUCUGGACCACCCGGGGGCCUGAGGUCGUAGGGCUCCUUCGUGGCAGACCAUGACCGGCAACAGACCGGUCUGAUAUAGCGGGGGCCUGCGGCGGCAGCUGACCUACUGGGGAGAGGACUUUCAGGGGCCUGAGCGCGGCUAAACGAGCUCGUUCCAUCUGCGUCGUCUAGCAGUUUUGGAUAAACGUCAUCGAAGAGAGAUCAUGAAUGAAAGCAACGGAUUUUGCAGAAUGUGUGCUCCUGGCGCUUCGGCUCUAGCCUCCGCCAUUGUCUUGUGGCAAGCUGACUGAUCCCGGAGACCUAUAUGAUACGGCGUCCAUUAUGUUCAUGUGGGGAAAGCAGGAAAUCCUGCUCGCCAUCGAUAGCCAGGCCGCGAAAAGUUGGUCAUGGUCUGUUUUUCUAGUCACCAGCUCGGUCCAGGGACGCAAGUGGUGUACAGUCUGUGAUAUGUGUGGAAAUAAAUGGCAUGCAAAGAG